AAAAAAUAAUUUUUUAUAAUGAAUAUGUCGUUAAUAUGUGGCACAAGUAGUGCUGGAAGUACCUCCAGCUCCAUGGCCAGUACGAGUAGUACCAUGAAUGAUAAAGUAAAUAAUCUAAAUAAUAACCAAGAUCAAAAUAAACUUACUGAUAAUAAUAAUAAUAUGGAUAAAACCCAAACCAAACUGAAUAAACUGUUUCGCCCCUGGGUCACGUGCCGGUGCGUCGACUGCAAUAUGACCAUCGAUUCGGACAAAUUGGCGGAUAUUAUGAAAAAGGUUUUAAACGAGAAAAAUAUGGCCAAACGGAAGGACACCGGCGAGUCUAGUGGUCUCAACAGUCAUCAGCAGCGGAAUGGUAGCAAAAAACUGAAAAUCUUACGCAAACACAGUUUGGAGGACUCGAUGAGCGACUGCCGAUCGGAGAUAUCUAACGGAUCGACAAUUAUCUACUGAAUCGCAUGAAUAUAUAUAAUAUUUUACAUAUAAUUAUGAUAUAAAUACGGAUAUAAUUACCAUUGGAUUUGAC